AUGGCCAGGCUUAACGACUAUGCUGCACCGGCAGAGUCUGUCGAGGCUUUGAAACGGCGAUUCGUGCGACAAAACCGUGACAUCGUGCGAGUGAAUUCCAUGCAAUCCCUUCGCAUCCGCAGCUUAGAAUCGGAAGUCUCACAUCUACUGGCCGAAAAUGUAUCCCUACGCGAACAGAUCAUCAAUCUCACUCAGGAGAAUGAACGAUACGAGUCCGCCAGAAUGCUCCACGAGGGUAUCAAUGAGAUCAAGUCUCGCCUGGAUGCGAAACUGGCGGAACUGAGUACCCUGGCUUCGGAUCUGGGAAUGUUGCCUCGCAAAGCAGGCAAGACUGGAGCAGACUCUGAUCGGCCCAAAGCGACUGCGGAGUCAAGACCUCGAACCACGGACUCGGAGUUCAAUGCAGGUCCCGAGGAUGGAAGGCUUCCGGCGAUUGUGGAGGACAAAUACUACCCCCGAAGAACACUCGAACAACAAGAAAUUCAGAACCUCGUUCACGCCGAUCCCAGCUUCGAAUCCCCACAGCACAAUCGCUCAAUGCGCGAAGAACGCGACCUGAACAUGGAAAGUCCGAGGCACGAGCAGAAUGAUAUACCAUCGGAAAGUCGCAUAGACAGCGAUCCUGCACACGAUGAAGCGGCCUUGCCACCAACGCUUGAGACUCGGAAGAAGAAAAAGAAGACCGACACGGCGGCGCCCGUAUAUAAAGAAGUGCAACAGGACGAAGAAACAAUCACAAAUAAUCAACUCCGUGAGCCGACAAAAUCAGGAUCGAAGCGCAAAUUUAGUCCAGAUGAAGAUGGGUUUUUGUCGGAUCCAGUGCGAGAGGAUGACGACUUCCAAUUUAGCCGCCCUGGUGGAAGCCCUCAGAAGAAGACAGAUCCCUUUGAUUUUAUGCGCCAGGACUGCUCGCCUAGCAAAACGCCCGUGAGCGUGAAACGGGGAUCUGCCAACGCUGGAACCACAAAGAGGAAGGUCCUUGAGCCGAAAAUCUCAAACUCCAAUCUGGGCUCCCCUAAGAAGAUGCGCGCCUCUCUGAAUUCAGACAAAAAAGUCCUUUCUAGACCCGGUACAGACGAGAACACAUCUUCGCCCCAGAAACCCAAGGCAAUUGAUAUUCCAAGCGGGGGGACCUUAAACCAGAAACCCCGUGUUGCUCGACUCGGUCUUGGCUCGCAGAAACCAAAGCGCUCUGGUCGGCCUAUUGAAACGGAAGGCCAUCUCGAUGUCGAGUCGAUACCCCUAUUAAAGGACUCCCCGGUGGCCAAGGCAGGGGAUCAACCCUUUGGAAUGUCAGAUAUGAGCGCUGCUUCUCGUCCUUCACGGCGUCGUGGGGCCGUGGUCAGCUACGCAGAGCCCAACUUGCGAGACAAGAUGCGUCGCCCAUCUAAGACCAUGCUUGAUGCCGUGGCUGGAGCUGGUCCACGCCGGUCCUCGAGUUUCCAACUUGCGCGGGAUAGUCUCGGCAACGAAGUCGAGGCCUCGCAAUCGGGCUCCAGCCCUCAUCCAUCCUUGAACAUGACCCGUUCUACUGAUCAAGCGGCCGACCCGUUCAGUCAGGAUGGAACCUCGGAUCAGUUACUGGCGACGGUAUCCCGGCGGAGGCGAAAGGUAUCAUCGUCAGCCAAGGAUCUUGACUACGAUCACCCCAGCUCGAUGUCCACGUCGGGUGCUUCAAACCUGAACGAUCUGUCAACGGCUCUGAGGGAGAAGCUUGGUACAAGUGGCCCAUCACGGCGGCAUUCUUCGAACCCAAAGAGCAGCACUCGCGACACGUUACGCGGGGAGGCUGAUGUGGCUAGCGACCUAGACAGCAGCUUCGAAGCAGAUGAUAUAGUCUCCCGGCGAGAGACUCGGGUUGCAGCGAGGAGAAGGAGUAUGAUGGUUUAA